AUGAACCCCCAUGCUCUAAGCCGACGUUUGAUGUUGAUAAUAUGCGUCCUUUUCAUAUGUGCAGUUGGAUUGGGUGUUGGUCUUGGAGUAGGCAUUUCGCAAAAUAGAAGAACUGUGGAGAAGUCUGAGCCAUCAGAGGUUACAUACAAGAAAACAAAUAUAUGGAAACCGAAGAAAGGUAUCAUAUGGCAAUAUCAGCUUUCUUCUUCUUUCAAAACUCUUGUUCCAAGCGUCGAAGUAUAUGAUAUUGAUCUCUUUGAAAACUCAGAAAAAACGAUUCGUAAUUUACAAAAAAAAGGAAAGAAGGUCAUUUGUUACUUUUCGGCUGGUAGCUACGAAAAUUGGAGGCCUGAUAAGAAAACUUUUGCUAAAAGUGACCUCGGUAAACCUCUUGAUGGGUGGGAAGGUGAGAGAUGGUUAAAUGUAAGGUCCGACAAUGUGCGAAAGAUAAUGAAGGCCAGAUUGGAUUUAGCUGUACAAAAGAAAUGUAAUGGGGUUGACCCAGAUAAUGUUGAUGGAUACGAUAAUGAUAAUGGUUUAAAGCUUACAGAGAAAGAUGCUAUUGAGUAUAUGGAAUUUUUAUCUUCAGAGGCCCACCACAGAAAUUUGUCAAUAGGGUUAAAAAAUGCAGGUAGCAUAGUCAAGGAUGUCGUUAAACUAGUAGAGUGGUCAGUACAGGAACAGUGUAUACAAUACGGAGGAUGCAAGGACUAUCAACCUUUUAUCAAAGCUGAUAAACCUGUUUUCCAUGUUGAAUAUCCAAAAGGUGAAGAUACCAAUAAUAAUCGAAAUAUUACGGAAUCUAAGUUAAAGAAGAUAUGCAAUAAUGUAGAUAGUUCUGGCUUCUCGACUAUUGUCAAAAAUAUGAAUUUGGAUUACUGGAUUGAACUCUGUCCGAAAUCCUGA